UAUUUCUUCAAUAUUGUAAUAAAAGUACUUAUUGGCGAUAGUACUUUUAGAAGGAUUGUCACAACAUUAUCAUUAACGUCACGGUACUUGUAACAAUAUUUUCGAUUGGAUUUAUACAAAAAUUUAAGAACGGAUUUAAAUGAACGAAAAUUCAAACAAUUCAGUAUACAACAACGGAGUAAUUGCAUCUGAUUUAAAAAAGAGAAUAACCGACUACGAGACGGCAGAGACUCCACAAAAAUGAAAUUGCUGAAUAGAAUGUUUCAUUUUCAUGUUAAUCACAAAAAAUAUUUUUUGAUUUUGUUGAUUCUUUUAAUUUCAACUUCAACGAACGCAAGAAGAAAUCGUGAUGAAAAUUCCAAACAGUCUCGAAGCAACAGUUGCAGACGGAAUCAUAAAUUUGACAAAGAAGAAAAAUGCGAUACCGCGACAAACUGCAGAUAUGGAGGAAUGUGCAGAAAGGUGACGGAUAUAACAGCAAAUGGGGCAACUAUACGUGUAGUGGUUCCGUUAGAUAUCGAUGAUUUGUACAGCAGCGAUGAAAACAGACGAACUAGUGAAAGAAGAAAAUCUUUAAGUUUAAAUCCUCUUUUCCAUAAAAUGGAAUAUCCAUUGCAAGAGGAAUGCGUUUGUAAUUUUCCUUGUGGUCAUCGACAUAAAGAACAAAAGCAAGAAGUUUGUGGAUCAAAUGGGAAAGCCUAUUCAACUGAAUGUCAUUUAAAAAGAGAUUCAUGCAGAUGUCAAAUGGAAAUUACCGUGAAAUGGAGCGGACCAUGUAAAAACGAUACACUACAGCUUGAUUUAGAAAAUAAGAAGCAAGGCAAAAAGCAAAGAACAUGCGCUAAAGGUUGCAAGUUUGGUGCCAAAUGCGACCCGGCAGGAAUAUGCAGAUGCAAAAUCGAAUGUGACGUGCAAGCAUUGUCUUAUGUUUGUGGAAAAGACGGAAGAACUUACACAAACGAAUGUCACGUGAGACAGUCAGAAUGUAGACAUCAAAUGGAAAUAGGAAUUCUUCAUUUUGGGACAUGCAGUGCAGAAGAACGCCUGCGAAGAGAAAGCCAAGAAUUUCUGCGAGCGAAGGCAACUGUCAAUCCAUGUGAAACAUUAGACUGCAAUGCUGCUGUUGCCGAUCCUCUGUGUGGAACAGACGAAAUAAGUUAUCCAAAUGAAUGUGUAUUACGACAUGCUUCUUGCGUUAAAGAACAAGAAAUUCAAGUACAGCAUAAGGGGUAUUGCAGAAAAAAUUUUGAUGUUGAAGUACCCACUACUGUUGAACCCGCGACAACCUCUAUGGCAAAUACCCUAGUAGCUAAGACGGACGACCCAUGUAUAGGAAUUGUGUGUCACCAUAAUGCCGUCUGCAUCCUGCAUGAAGAUUAUGACUUCAUUUGUUCUUGUGAAGCAAUCUGUGACAGAAUGGUUUCCGACAUGGAAGUUGACACCUCCGGUUCUGAAAGCUCAUAUCAUGCAUUGGCUGCAAUGUGGCCAAGCGCUAGAAUAUUACAAUUCCUGGAAAAUGACGAGCAAUCUACCGACGUACUAGACAAAACACAGAUGAUAAGCGAUGGGGGUGUUUGGGGAGAUGCAAUCAUGUCGAUGAUUGAAAUGAACAAUUUUACUACAGAACAACCUGUAUUGAUUCAACUGGAAGAAAAAGAAUCAAAUCCUGUAAGGGAAAAACUUGUCGAACAAGAGUUGGAUACGUCUCCGGAUAGGGCACGGAUACGAAGACGCAGAAAUAAGAAUUCUCGUCGUGGACGUCAUAGAGGAGAAUAUCACGAAUCCAUGCGUUCAAAAAGAAGCACUGGGGGACUGCGACCUCUGUUUGAUGAAGUUUUAUGUGGAACAGACAGGAAGACUUACAUGAAUGAAUGUGAAAUGAAAAAGGAGGCGUGUUAUAACAGAAAGAGAAUUUCGAUAUUUCACAUUGGUGCUUGCUCAACGACGAUAGAGAAAUCCACGCCUAAUACGAAACUUCUACUUAUGCCCACAACUGCUACAACAAUUCCGAGUGCAAGCAUUCUGGAAUAUGAGGAAAAACCCGAAAUAGAAAAAGUAUCAAUAAUCGACGAAAGUGACAAACGAAGCUUUGAAGCCGAUUAUGUUAUACCCACAACUAAACCUAAAAGAAGACAAAGAGGGAAAAACAGAAAGAAUCGAAACAAAAAUGACAGAAGAGGUGGCGGAAGAAUGAAUCGGAGAGAACGCAAUGGAAAACGAAAAUACCGGAAUCGUAAGACUGAAUCCAGAACCGAAGUCCGAGACGAGAUAGUGAGCUCCGAUAUACUUAAUAAUUUAAAACUGAAUGCACAAACAACUACACAAAGUUAUGAACAAAACCGACAGCGUGAGUCAGUAUUAGAACUUCGGGAUGAAAAUGUAAACGAUGAAAUAAUGAAAGAUCUCGGAACGAAUGAGACAGUACCAAUGGCGUCAGAUAUCUCAAGUACAAAGGCAGUCCUGCAUCCAUAUGAAGUCGUAACGACUGGGCAAAAGAAUUCAUCGAAAGGAAAAAAUGAUUUCAUUCAGACACGAGAAGAAAUAAUCAACGAUAUAUUUCUUUACCCAGGAAGUGAAGGAAAAAUCAAUUCUACGCAAAACCGCAGUUCAGAUUCGGAGUACAAUCAAACAGGUACAGAUCUAUUGAGACGAAGAUCAGAAAAUGUGCCUUCGAAAGACUAUAGAUCGCUCUGGAAUAAAGAAAAGAAGCAAGAACUUUUGAAAAACAGGGCGAUGAUGGUUAAACAGCGUUACGAAAAUGCAAAAUAUAAAAACACAACAAGGCAUUAUGUAAAAGACGUUAAAGAAAAAACUUUCAAACCAGACACCGGUAUGAAUACAGUUUCUCUUGCGCUUGCAAUUGGACUUGGGCCAGUUGUUGUCAUUAUUGUUCUUGUUGGACUUUUUAUUUAUAUAAAAACGAGGAAAAAACUUAAAGACUUACCCGAAACGAAGGAAAACCCAGAAUUUGUCACAAAGAUUGAGAACGGUAAUACCAACACAAAACGUUAACUUGCCUUUUUCUCAUCAAACAAGAAUAAAACAUUCUAAAGAUGUUUCAUACAUCAAAAAGGCCAAGUCUUCGUUUCAAGUCGAAGGAAGCUGAGUGAUAAAGGAAAAUCUGUAACAUCGUAAUCCCAGGGAUUCUUACAUUUGACGAAAAUACAAAUUUUUUCUCACGAUGUGUUUAAAAGACUCCAACGCUUGAAAAGUAAAGUGGGCGACAUAUAUGGUUCUACUUUUGAGUCAACGUAAUGUUUCGAUGUUAACAUCAAAAACACUCUAAAAGUUUUAUAGAUAUAUAUCUGCUCUAUAUCUGAAUCCCUCAAUAUAUUGACUGAGCUGUGCGAGACUGUAGAGACAAGCAAAUAUUUAGAAUGGGUAAAACUGACUUUACUAUGUAUGUGUUCUAUGUACUGCUGAUUCGCAGCACACGUGCUCCUAACACAACGACCUUCACUUACGCCUUAUCACGUACUCUCAUAAAUGAAUCAUUCGCUCAGAUUCGAAAGCAAUAAAUAUCAUUCACAGCUUUUCAUGAAAUUAGUUACUAUUAGCGGUUUUUGCAAGGUGUUUCCAUAUUUUCUAACAGCGAAACAACUGAAAUCAUAUUUGAAAUCUAAGCCAAUGUAUCGCAAAUAAAAAAAACUAAUUUAGAUGCAUAAAACUAUAGUUAACAAAUAUCUUGAUCUUUCAACUUAUCUUUAUCACAAAACGCUUUUUAUUUUGACGACUGAAAUGGUCUAUAUUUUCAGUAUUUGCUUAUUUUUUCAACUUAAUUGCUGUUUGAAAAUUUUUGAAUCGGUGCUGGUCAUCGAUUCUGAGUCUACGCCAAACGAACUCUGUAUUUUAUACCCAUUAUCUACGUGAUCUAGAUUCAGAAGCAAUAGAUUCGAAACCUUUCUGUUCGUCGAGGCGUACUGUUUUUAUCACUCUCGGGUUUUCUCCGCAAGGUAUCUUGAAUUUUCAUCACAUUUGCGCUUCCAUGCGAUAAGAUCUGCCAGGGUUUGUGCCAAACCGUUACCUCCACUUAAAUUCAAACAGUCGAGUUGGGUCGUCAUUUCAUCUUGCUUUAUGUUCUUAACCAAUGCAUAGGAUCAUUCAAAUAUUGCGCGUUCCAUUUGAAUUUAUACUUUCCUAUUAAUAUAUUAACUUGGUGUAUCGAAUGUUUGCGAACUUUAAAUACUUAUUAUCGUUUUGUUACUGUUUGUGAUUUUUGUAAAGUUUUUUCUUUAUUUUCCUUCUAACAUCCAGUACUGAAAAUCGUCAACACAUUAUUGAGGGUGUAUUUUCUGACACAUUUUUUGUAAUUACAUUGUAUUACUUUUAUUCUGUAAAUAUUGUCAAUGCAACCCUAUGGGCGGAUUGAUUGUCUUGUUUAAAAACUCAUUUUAACAUUUCCGCAUGCGUGACGUGAAUUGAAUAAAAUUCAUUUUUAAUAUUUUACAUUUUGAAAUGUUAGAAACUCAUAGUUUCUAAAUAGUUUUUCAAACACCUCUCAACAUAAAAUUUAAAUUAGGUCCCUCCAUGUUUGUGGCUGGCUCGCUGACACACAAAGGGCUACCUAAAGGCCCUCUGGAGCUGACAUUGAAACAAAAUUUGAAGCAUUCACAAGUCAUCAUUGCCAGAAAAAUAAGUUUGCCAGAGUAAAUUCUACAAAGUGGACGACGUUUGUGAAAAGCUUUUCACACCAAACAGUUUCGAUAUAUUGGGAUACAAUACAGUGAAUAAUCUCGAGAUACUGCCAAUAAAU